CUAGUAGGGAUUCUCCAAGGGUAAAACCCCAGACGGGCAUUUCUACCAUUUCUUAGAGGUGGAGCUCAUAUCUCUGUAUGUGUACAAGUGCCAUUAAUACUUGAAACUCUUAACUUCUGACAGGAGAUUGCAUUCUCUGCCUGAAUUUUCCUGUUCUCAGCUAAGCCUUUGCUGAAAGACAAUGGAUUGGGUCAAUCUUGUUCCUGUAGGGUUACUGUUUAUACUCAUUCUCCUGCUGAUUCUGAAAAGACAACAUAUCUGGAAGAGGCAUGCAAGAGAAAACUUCCCUCCAGGACCCAGACCUUUACCCAUUAUUGGAAAUCUGCACAUCAUGGAUCUGAAGAGACCUUACCUGACAAUGAUAGAGCUAUCCAAAAGGUAUGGCCCAGUCUUCAGCAUUCAGAUGGGACUAAGGAAAACGGUGGUGCUCUCAGGAUAUGACACAGUGAAGGAAGCUCUGGUGAACCAGGCAGAUGCAUUUGCAGGGAGACCUAAAAUACCAGUUGUUGAAGAAACAGGAAAAGGAAAAGGAGUUAUAUUUUCUGAUGGAGAAAACUGGAAAGUGAUGCGAAGAUUUACUCUUACAACCUUACGAGACUUUGGAAUGGGCAAGAAGGCCAUAGAGGAUCGUGUUGUAGAAGAGUAUGGAUACCUGGCAGACACCAUUGAGGCACAGAAAGGGAAGCCCCUUGAGAUGACUCUGAUGAUGAACGCCGCUGUUGCUAAUGUCAUCGUAUCCAUAUUGCUUGGAAAGCGAUAUGACUAUGAAGACCCCACAUUCAAAAGGCUCCUGUCAAUGGUGAACGAAAAUCUCAGGGUUUUUGGAACUCCAUCAGUUUCGAUGUACAACACGUUCCCAGUCCUUGGAUUCCUCCUGAAGAACCACAAAAUUUAUAUUCAGAAUGUAAAAGAAAUCAAUGCUUUUAUCAAGGUGACUUUCAUAGAACAUCUCAAAGCCCUGGAUAGAAACGACCAGAGGAGCUUCAUUGACACUUUCCUUGUGAGACAACAAGAGGAGAAUGGAAAGACCAAUGGAUAUUUCCAUAAUGAAAACUUAACUGAGGUUGUGAGAAAUCUGUUUGUAGCUGGCAUGGAGACCACAUCCACCACUUUGCGUUGGGGCCUUCUGCUCAUGAUGAAAUAUCCUGAAAUUCAGAAAAAAGUCCAAGAAGAGAUAGAGCAAGUGAUAGGGUCAAACCCCCCACGAAUCGAGCAUCGAACCCAAAUGCCAUAUACGGAUGCUGUUGUCCAUGAAAUUCAAAGGUUUGCUAGUAUCCUGCCAUUGAACUUGCCUCAUGAGACUACUGCAGACGUGACCCUCAAAGGCUAUUUCAUUCCCAAGGGAACCUACAUUGUCCCCUUACUGGCCUCUGUCCUGCGAGACAAAUCCCAGUGGGAGAAACCAGACAUCUUCUACCCUGAGCAUUUUCUCGACUCUGAGGGGAAGUUUGUAAAGAAAGACGCUUUCAUGCCUUUUUCAGCAGGGCGGAGGACCUGUGCUGGAGAGACUCUUGCCAAAAUGGAGCUUUUCCUCUUCUUCACCAGCCUCCUGCAGAGGUUCACCUUCCGCCCUCCCCCUGGAGUUUCCAUCUCAGACCUGGACCUCUCUCCCUCCAUCGGGAUCACUGCCCCCCCCGUGACUCAUGAGGUCUGCGCAGUGCCACGUUCCUAGGGCUUUUCUUAGUCAUCUCCUUUUCCUGAAACACCCAGAUGAAAUAUCUGUGUCUCUAGUCCCACGUGGGAAGUUUGGUACUUCUGAAUCCAGUAGGGGAUUCAGGAGCCAAGCGCACCUUGGCUCACAGCUGGAGGUGUCUCUCCCAC